CACUAUUUCACUCUUACUUGCUUCCUUCCUAUCAAGAACUUCGUCGGGGGAAGUCGAUCGCGAUUUGAGCGACAGAAAAGGACUAUCCCAUCCCAAGUGUACCGGAUAUUCGGCCAAUUUAGAAUAUCUACCUCAGGUAGGUAUGUGAUAGUUCAUAUUCAGCUACCUAGGGUUGCUGGAUCGCAUUGCACUUCUGUAUAGAUGUUCAGUUUACAUCAUCUAAUACAUCAUCUAACCCCUUCAUGUCUGACUACCGGCUUUGAAGGCGGGAAGGGUAAGAUAAAGAUCUUUGCUGUGGGCUCUUCCGUGUCUGAUAAUAGGGCCAGCUCCCCCGUUGACACCACCGUCCUUGUGCGACUUCUGAAGUAAACCCAGACGAUUCCCCUCCAAAAGCCAGCAUCAUAUCAUGGCCGUGCUAUCUAUUGAUAAUAUCCAGACUCUGAGUCUAGUCGGCGUAUCGGUAACCUUAGCAUCUUUGUUUGUAACGUGGUUUGUUGUUUCGACCAUAGUGUCAUGGUACCGCCUUCGACACGUCCCGGGACCGUUCCUCGCAUCGUUCACCCACGCGUGGAUGGUGAAAACCAUACUGCUCAACAAGCUACGGGAUGACUUCAUCAACCUCACUAAGUACGGGCCCAUCGCGCGGAUAGCGCCCAACUACAUCCUGACCUCGGACCCGGACAUCCUGCGGCAGGUGGGCGCGGUGCGGAACAACUACAGCAAGGACGAGUGGUUCGACGCGGUGAAGUUCGCGCCGAACACGCACAGCAUGUUCUCCAUCAUCGAGAACCGGCCGCACGACCAGCGCAAGGCGAUGGCGCGCAAGGGCUACAACGGCAGCGAGAACUCGGACCUCGAGUUCGCCGUCGACACCCAGAUCGCCUACUUCAUCGACGUCGUCCGCCGGAAGCACCUGUCGGCGCCGGGGUCCGAGGCCCGCUACGUCGACCUCGUCACGCUGACCCGCUACUUCACCCUCGACGUCAUCACCCGGCUCGCCUACGGCAAGGCCUUCGGCUUCCUCGACGCCGACGAGGACCUGUACGGGUACACCGCCAGCAUGGACCGCACGCUCAAGGCCCAGAACUUGUCCCAGGACAUCCCCUUCCUCAAGUGGAUCGUCUCUUCGCGUCCGUACUACAAGCUGUUUGGCGCGAAGCCGACCGACGAGAAGGGCAUCGGGAAGAUUAUGGGGGUCACGAAGAAGUUGAUCAGGGAAAGAUUCGAAGACGACAAGCAUAUCGACGACAUGAUGGGGUCAUUCAUGCGCCACGGCAUGACCGAGGAGCAAUGCGGAAGCGAAGCCAUGAUCCAAAUUAUUGCCGGAUCGGACACGACUGCGAUAGCCAUCCGCACCACGCUGAUGUACCUCGUGACCACGCCCCGGGUAUACCUGCGGCUCAAGAAGAUGAUCAAGGAGACCGUGGAGCGCAACGAAGUCUCUACCCCUAUUACGUACGAGGAAGCUCAGAAGAUCCCUUACUUGAGGGCUGUUGUUCUAGAAGGCAUUCGCAUGCGCAUCCCCACGCCCUACGGACACUUUAAGAAAGUCCCGCCAGAGGGGGACGUGAUCAACGGAAUGUUCAUCCCGGGCGGCACGGCGAUCGGGCACAACUCGCUGGCCAUCACCCGCAGCAAGGCGAUCUUCGGCGAGGACGUCGAGGUCUUCCGGCCGGAGCGCUUCCUCGAGUGCGACGAGAAGACCCAGGCCGAGCGGAGCGGCGCGAUAGACAUACUCUUCGGCAAAGGCCGGUGGACGUGUGCCGGGAAGCCGCUGGCCAUGCUGGAGCUUCACAAGGUUUUCUUCGAGUGGCUGCGCGUAUUUGACUUCCAGCUGAUUAACCCUUGCAAGGGCUGGGACGAAGUAUACUAUUUCUUCGCGUUCCAGACGAACAUGUGGGUGUCAAUCACGGAGGCCGAGAAAUAACGAACGAACGAAUGGAUAAAUAAAUAAAUAUCAAGUCCUAUUUCAACACUGCGAGACGUUUUCGGGAUGGAUAUUUCGGGCAGGUUUUGUUACAACAUUCAACAUAGGUA